GUGGUUUUUCUCUUCUAAUACCUAAUCGACAUCGUCUCUCCGAUCUCGCCUUAUCGACUCUCGCCGUUUGUCUCCGUGCUUGAUGUUGGUUAUAUAGUUUGCGAUUUUUCGUGAGAUAGGAGCACAAUGGCAAACUACUCAGGAAAGGGAGCCCCUGCAAAUGGAUCUGUGUAUGUUUGUAAUUUGCCUCCUGGGACGGAUGAAGACAUGUUAGCUGAAUACUUUGGCACGAUUGGCUUGCUAAAGAAAGAUAAAAGAACCGGCCGACCAAAGAUAUGGUUAUAUCGGGACAAGGUGACAAACGAGCCUAAGGGAGAUGCUACAGUGACAUAUGAAGAUCCAUAUGCUGCACAAGCUGCUGUAGAAUGGUUCAACAAUAAGGACUUUCAUGGGGCCAUCAUCGAAGUUCUCAUGGCAGAGUCAAAAAAUUCACAUAAUGUUGUAGCACCUCUUGUUGAACCAAGUUUGGUCGAUGAUGUUGUUGAUCUGGAGGAAAGUGCCAAGGACAUGAGUGAAAACGCAGGAAGAGGUAGAGGUCGUGGUGAUGCUUCAGGAAGUGCUCCAGCAAAGGCAUGGCAACAAGAUGGGGACUGGAUGUGUCCGAAUACAAGUUGUUCGAAUGUGAACUUUGCAUUUCGUGGCGUAUGCAACCGUUGUGGAAGUGCAAGACCCGCUGGUGCUUCUGGUGGAGGUGCAGGGGCUGCUGGUCGGGGUAGGGGUCGUGGUGGCCCUGAUUCAGGAGGCGGUCGUGGAGUUGGUGGUCCCACAGGCCUUUUUGGUCCUAAUGAUUGGCCUUGUCCAAUGUGUGGUAACAUCAACUGGGCAAAGCGCUUAAAAUGCAACAUCUGCAACACCAACAAACCUGGUGUUAGUGAAGGGGGUGUGAGAGGAGGACGUGCUGGUGGGUACAAAGAACUUGAUGAAGAAGAACUAGAGGAAACAAAGCGACGCAGGCGGGAAGCUGAAGAAGAUGAUGGUGAGAUGUACGAUGAAUUCGGAAACCUCAAGAAGAAGUUUCGUGUGAAAGCACAGCAAGCUGAAGUUGGUCAAGUGUUACCUGGAACUGGACGGGCAGGCUGGGAAGUUGAGGAGCUAGGAAUGAGUGAUAGAGAACGAAGAGAAAGAAGCAGAGACAGAGGAAGAGAAAGGGAGGAAAGAGAAAGCAGCAAGAACAGAGAACGACGUCGGAGCAGAAGUCGUGACAGGGGAAGGGAAAGAGAGCGGGCUUACGAUUACGAUCGAGACAGAGAAUACGGUCGGGACAGGGACCGUGAUCGUGGUCACAGGUAUCAUCAUUAAUUAUUAUUAUCAUCAUCAUUAAUAGAGAACAAGUGUUUUCAAUCAAAGAUUAUUGGGAGAGUGGUUCCUUUCUGGUUCUGUAUUAGCAAUGUGAAGUACUUGUAUCCUUGGAUUCUUGAUUCUUUUUGCAAACAAAAAAUUAUGACUUCAAUGGAAUGUUAUCCAAGUUACUAUUAGGUUCCCGCGAGAAUUCCGCUUUUUUGUGGCCUUCGAUUGCUUUUGAUCUGAUGGCACGUGUUUUUAUGAAGGACGGGCAAUUUUAUCUUUUGGUUUUUUGUAUCUCGGCACGAUCUGGUAUGUUAACGUAUGUGAGGUAUCUUAAAAUUCAUGUU